AAUGAACCUGAUUUUAUUUUGAAGGUCUGAAUUCUGAAAAUUAAAUACAAAUAUUUGUUCAGUUUAGAAUUUAAUAAUCAUUAUAUUAUGCAUAUUACUUAGGUAUACAGUAUACAGUUUAUACAUUAAGAGGUAUUACACUAAAUUUGAGUUAAACUGAAGCCAGUUGUUUUGAUCUUUGCAUAUUGAAUGUUGUACGUUCACUGUGCUCAGAGAUGUGAAAUCAUCUGCACCUUUGGUUACUCUGGGCUACAAAAAUAGUACUGUGUGUUUAUAUGAUGCUAAAUAUAUUUUGAGUGUAUUUGUUUCAAAGCUCCAUAUAACCGUGUGGCUGUUACUGCAAAACUUUGCACAGAUUCACCCAGCACCAUGGCUGGUUGGCUGGGUGUCAGACACAUACCAGUAACAUAUGUCUGUCAAGAUUCUCAGUCACCCAGGUCACGGUAUUUAUAGAUUUUAUUCAAAGGCAAGCGGACUUGCUUGAGGUUCUUGAAGACGUUUCACCUCUCAUCCGAAAGGCUUCCUCGGGAGUUGUCACAUGUUGGCAAGAGAAGAUGAAAGAUGACGGUUUGAAAGAGGAGUGAAAGAAGCCACCUGCGUCAAACCGGAACGACCAUCACUAAGCAGAGGAGGUGUCCUACGACACCACUUAUCAUCCGCUUACAAUGAAGCUUUGGGAUCCCGCCACAGGCAGCAUAACACUCAUUCCCAUCAUGGCUUGUGACCAGGGAGACCCACAUGAUGGCCAGGUGGGACAACGACUCAUGUGACCCCAACAAAUCUCAAGGUGUUAACUACCCCAGGAGAAAGAAAAUUAAGGAUUCCCCACCCAUCAGUUAGAACUGAAGCCCUCUGGAUGAGAGGUGAAACAUCUUCAAAACCUCAAGCACGUCCAGUUGCCUUUGUAUAGCUUUUAGAGAUACCGUGACCUGCAUGACUGAGAAUUUUCACAGACAUAUUGCUAUGCACUCUGGGAUGAUCACCCUUCGACUGGUGCCAGAGAGCGAAAAGGACAUCCAGAAAACUUGCAGAUUACAGACACCACCUGCGCUUCAACCUGAGAAGCAAACAACAAGAGAUCAGUUCAUGAAACCAUGUCCCUGUUCCAACGUGAAACGCCAAAAAACCAAAAGAAUUCCUCGGAAGGCUUAGAACCAGUUUCACAGCAACAGGAACCUGUCUCAACAGGUUGACACCAAAGUAACAUCAUGGCGCCAUCAAAAUUCUCAUCUGAACUCAGGAUUGUGCUGUUUGGAAAGAAUGAAAACAAAAAGACAAAAAUAAGCAACUUCAUCACGAGACAAAAAGAUUCUCCUCAGAAGUCAAAGCAGUGCACGGUCAGCCAUGGAGACUGGAACAAAAAACGCUUCACAGUAGUGAAAACCUCAGAUGUCUUCAGUCUGCCUGUGGAUAAAGUGAAACUUGAGAUGAGGAAGUGUGUGGCCCUUUGCCCCCCAGGACCACAUGUUCUCCUGCUUUUAGUGAAGCCUUCUGAUUUCACUGAGGAGGACAGACAAAAAUUACAUUCCAUCCUGAGUUUCUUUGGUCAAGAUGCUUUUAAACACUCAAUGGUCAUCAAAACACAACGUGAACAGGUACAGAAUUCUUCAGUGACCCGACUCAUCCAAGACUGCAGACAAAAUGAGUACGAGAUUAACUUCGAUAUGAAAUGUCCCCUUGACUAUGAUCCUCAAGAACUAAUUGAAAAGAUGGAGAACAUAGUGAAAGACAACAGGAGACAGCAUCUAAACUACAAUGAAGAGGCUCAUCUCAUGUCUACACCUGAAUCUUCCAAACAUGACAUUCAAGAACCGACUGAUCAGACGGAGAACACAGAGAGUGACAUCAAAGCAGGACAUCUAACCUGCACUGACAAGGCUGAUCCCAGGACUGUCUCCCUAACUUCCAGACCUCCUCUGAACGUAGUACUGUGUGGGAGACAUGGAGCCUGGAAGACUUCAGCAGCCAACGCCAUUCUGGGACAAAGAAAGUUUGGUCCACCUGCUACCUCAGAGUGUGUUAAACAUCAGGGAGAGGUGUGUGGACGUCGGGUUUCCCUGGUGGAGCUUCCUGCCUUGUUUGGAAAACCUCAGGAGACAGUGAUGGAAGAAUCACUCAGGUGUGUCUCCCUCUGUGACCCUGAGGGCGUCCAUGCCUUCGUCCUGGUCCUACCUGUGGAUCCCCUCACUGAUGAAGACAAGAAGGAGUUAGAGACCAUCCAGACCACAUUCAGCUCUCCAGUCUAUGACUUCACCAUCAUUCUGUUCACUGUGGAGUCAGAUCCUACUGAUCCAGCUGUCAUUGGAUUUGUGAAGGAGAAUAUGCAAAUCCGGGAGCUCUGUCGUAGCUGUGGAGGACGAUACAUUGUCUUCGACCUUAGGGACAAGCAGCAGGUCUUUCAUGUGUUGCAUACUGUGGAAACGAUGAGAGUGGUGGAGCCCAGAUGCUUCACAAAGGAAAUGAUUACCAGUUCUCAGAAGAAUACUGUUAAGAGAUGGGAAUCUAGGCUGAGGACGGCAAGUUAUAUUAAUAAGCACAGAGAAUAUCUCAGGAUUGUCCUAGUGGGGAAGACUGGAGGUGGUAAGAGUGCCACUGGAAACACCAUUCUGGGCAGAGAAUAUUUCACAUCUCACGUCAGCUCACGGUCAGUGACCAAAAUUUGCAAGAAAGUUACAGGAGUGAUUGACGGGCAGCCAGUCGCUGUGGUCGACACACCGGGCUUGUUCGACACGGCUCUGUCCAACAAAGAAGUUGAACUGGAGCUUGUGAAAUGCAUCAGCAUGUUGUCUCCUGGACCUCACGUGUUCUUAUUGGUGCUGCAGAUCGGUCGUUUUACAAAGGAGGAAAAAGAAACCGUGGCUCUGAUCAAGAAGUUUUUUGGAAGCAAGUCAGGAGACUUCAUCAUCAUCGUGUUCACCCGAGGAGAUGAACUUAAAAAUCAAACAAUUGAGAGUUACAUCGAAAAGUCUGAAGACUCUGUCAAAAAGCUGAUUGCUGACUGCGGAGAGAGAUACCAUGUCUUCAAUAACAACGAUCAGACGAACUGUGUUCAGGUCAGCCAGCUGCUGGAGAAAGUUCAAUCGAUGGUGGACAAAAACGGCGGCGGCUACUACACCUCAGAGAUGUUCAAAGAAGCUGAGGCAGCCAUAAAGAAGGAAGUGGAGAGGCUCAAGAAGGCGAAGCAAGAAGAGAUACAGAGGCAGAAGCGAGACCUUGAACAAAAACAUGAAGAACAAAUGCGUGAGAAGAAGCAAAAACUUGAACAAGAAAGAAGGAAGAGAGACAAACUGCUCAAGGAAAAGGAGGAAAACAUAAAGAGGGAGCAGGAAAAGAGGAAGAGAGAAGAGAAACUGAGAGAAGAAGAGGAAAGGGAAAAGAAGAAGCAGGAAAAUAUUCAGCGCAAACAGUGGGAAGAAAAGCUACAAACCCUUGAAAAAGAAUUAACUCUGCAAUCACAAGAAAACAAAACCAUUAACAGAAAGCUGGCAGAGAGCAGAGAAGAGAUAAGAAGACAACAAGAAGCUUGGGAGCUGGAGAAAAAGGAAUGGUGGCAAAAACGAUAUCAAGAAGAUGAACAGAGACGACAGGAGGAACUAACAAUACUGGAAAAGCUCCGAGAAGAUUAUAAUCAGGAGAAAGAAAAAUACGAAAACAGAAGAAAAAGCGAAGAUCCAAUCAGAAGAGACCAGGAUGACAACGAGUGGAAAGAAAUGCAAGCAAUAUUUAAGAAGAAACUGGAGGAACUGGAGAAGAAACAUGAGGAGGAGGCCAGAAAGCAAGCCGAGGAGCACAAUGACUUCAAAGACAAGUACACCAAUGACUUUACAGCUCUGCUGGAGAAGCAUGACCAGGAAAUGGCCGAUCUGAAGCAGAAGCAGCAAAGAAACAACGACUUUAUAAUACAACAGCUGACCAUGAACAAAGCGUUUAAAAAAGACUUUGAUCAACUGAAAAAGAAACAAGAAAAAGAAAUGAAUGAGCUGACAAUGAAACGCACAAACUGGAACAAAGUGGAUCUGAACAGAGAAGUAGAUAAACUGAAAACACAACACGAGGAGGAAAUAAACUACUGGAUACGUGAACAUAUAAAGAAAUCUGCACACGUGAAGGCUUGUCAUGUUUUAUGAGGUUUGUUCAUUUACAGGAGUCACAAAAGUUACACAAACUUUGUGCUAAAACUGUGAAAACUCUUGGUUAAGCAGGUUAUGGCUCAUUCAAUAUGUGAAUCUGAGCCUUGAUUUUAUGAAGCCUUUCAUAUACUGUAUGUUACUUAUAUCACUUACUAUUAAAUUACUUAUAUUGAAUGUCCAACAUGCAAACAGCAAACACUUGAACUAUGUCAUUAUGUAAAAGCAAAUCUCUGAAUGUUGAUUCUACAAUUGUACAAACUGUCAUUGCACACAAGGAUAUCAUUUUUAUAUCUGCAACGAUUAGCUGAUAAAUCAAUUAAUCAGCAGCUAUUUUAAUAGCUGAUUAAUCAUUUGUCACUUUUUUAGAAAGUAUUUUUCUGAUAAUUGUAAGAUUCAGUGCUAAUAAGUUCAACUGAAAUACUGAAAUACUAAAAUUGAAAUUUCUGUUAAUGUCACAACAGUUCCUAAUGAGAAAAAUCCAAGAUCAACAAAAUGAACUGAUUUCUCUGUUUAGCUAAAAACCAGUUUGUCAGUUAACGUUUUUUGAAAACUUAAAGACUAAGCUCCGACUCAUGUGUGACUUAGUUGACUGUGUGUUUACAGGAACCAGCUGUUCUAAGUGUGAUCCAUUAAUCACUGAAAAUAACUAAUCAUAUUGUAAAUUAUAACUAAUGAAUGAAGAAGAAAACAGAAAAGUCAGAAAAGUUAUUUAAAAUAUUUCUUCUUUCUCAAGCUCAAUAAAAUCUUAAAACGCACCUGUUUCCAAAGAACAGGUGAUCAAGGUAUUUCAACAUAUUCAAUAUUAAACAGAUCACUGUCAGCUCAGCAGAAACACUGUGAAACUGAUUGUCACUGCUCCUGUUGUUGUUUCAUUUUACUAUGUAAUGUAUAUUUUUCUCUUUUGAAUAAAUGAAAUGUAGUUAUAUAAUUCUA